CUGUACGCACAGCAGCACUGAUCUCCUUUCAGCUGGGCUACGGCGACCAUCGGCAGCACUGAGGCACCGAGGCUGAUCGGCAGUCUGCUGGCUGGCAAAGCAAAGCUACUGGGGUGGGGGUGUGAAAAACAAACAAAACAGGGGACACCAGGGAGAGAUUCGGAGACAAAUUGACAGUCAGAGGGAAAGGGAGAGAGUUGAGCUGCUGCCAGGCUGACCCUCAACUGCACUUUUCUUUCGCCCAGGACCAAGAAGGACCCGUUUUUUGAUUUUUGCAUCCAGCCAUGGAGGAGAUGCUCACCUGCAGCCGUAGCCCUUUCUCCCAGGUGUUUGGGCGCCAGGGUCAGCUCAUGCAAGCCACCGUGCAGUCUCUCAACAGCCUGAACGACCAGAUCGCAAGCUUCAUGGUGGCCACACCCAAGCCACUGGAGCAGGAGGAACAGACUUUUCUUCCUCCUGAGAAGGAGACGCUGCAGAAGUCCAUGACCCUGAUGAGACACCUCCUUGUGGAUGCUCAGGCAAAAAUCCUAAAAAUGAUGGAUGACAACAAGCAGCUGGCUCAACGCAUAGACGGGGCCAUUCAGUCGGCCAGCCAGGAGGUGACCAACCUGCGCUCUGAGCUGAGCGCCACCAGCCGCAGGCUGACCGAGCUGGGGGCUGGCGACCCUUCCGGCGGCGUGCUGGAGAGCCUGCAGCACAACCACAACGAUGCAUCUCAACACACGAGGCAGAAGGUGCCCUCCACUGAGCUGUGCUACACAAGUGAAAUUAGCAGUUUAAUGGACUUCAACUCUCCUGAUGCCUCUCUGGACAAAGUCCUGCUCCGCGAGGAGGUGGCCCAGCUCCAGGAGGAGGUGCACCUGCUGCGCCAGAUGAAGGAUAUGUUGAGUAAGGACCUGGAAGAGAGCCAAGGAGGAUGCUCUGCUGACGUACUCUCUGCCACUGAGCUCCGCAUGCAGCUGGCCCAGAAGGAGCAAGAGCUGGACCGUGCCAAGGAAGCGUUGCAAGCCAUGAAGUCCGACCGUAAGCGCCUGAAGGCGGAAAAGGCAGACCUGGUGAACCAGAUGCAGCAACUUUAUUCCACGCUGGAGAGCCGUGAGGAGCAACUUCGCGAUUUCAUACGCAAUUACGACCAGCACAGAAAAGAGAGCGAGGAUGCGGUGAAAGCUCUGGCCAAAGAGAAAGACAUGCUGGAGAGAGAGAAGUGGGACCUGCGGCGACAAACCAAGGAAGCCACAGAGCACACGGGGAUUCUUCGCACUCAGCUCGACCUCAAGGAAAACCGCAUCAAGGAGCUGGAAGCUGAACUGGCGAUGAUGAGUAACUGUGUCAAUCAAAGAAUGGAGUACCGGGUGUUUGAGCGCAUCGGGGACAGGGACGUCUCUCCUAGGGUCAUGGCGGCCAAACAGUCGUUAGCCACCCUGACCAAGGAUGUGCCUAAACGUCACUCGCUGGCAAUGCCACCGGAAACGGUUGUCAACGGCAACAACCAGGAGUGGGUGAUGCAGGCGGACCUCCCCCUCACUGCCGCCAUCAGACAGAGUCAGCAGACGCUCUACGUUCACACGGGACAUCCCACCGACAGACAAGUCGCUGCCGUGCGGUUGAGUCCAAACCACUCGCGUCAGCCAUCCAUCAUCAGCGACGCCUCGGCAGUGGAUGGAGACAGGUCGUCCACGCCGAGUGACAUCAACUCUCCCCGCCAUCGGACUCACUCUCUCUGCAACUCCCUAGAAGAUCUGGAGGUGGCGAAGUGUAAGAAGAAGAAGGAGAAGAUGGGCCUGGGCUCGUUGUCACGGGUCUUUGCCCGGGGAAAGCAACGCAAGUCCAUGGACCCCGGUUUGUUUGAUGACUCAGACGGCCUCUCCAGCCCCACACGUCUCAGUCUCAGCCUGCCAGACGGCCCCGAGGAGCAGCUGGACCGCCUUCAGCAGGUGGAGCUGGCCCGCAGCACGCCCAUGUCCCAGUGGAGGGCGGGCACCGUGCAAGCCUGGCUGGAGGUGGUCAUGGCCAUGCCCAUGUACAUACGCACCUGCUCAGAGAAUGUCAAGAGUGGGAAGGUUUUGUUGGGGCUGACGGAUGAAGACCUGGAGCUGGUUUUAGGAGUCACCAGUUCGAUGCAUCGCCGUAAACUGCGUCUGGCCGUUGAAGAUUACAGAGAGGCUGAGGAUGGGAGAGGGUUGUCCAAGUCUGCCGACAUGGACCACCACUGGGUGGCCAAGGCGUGGCUCAGCGACAUGGGCUUGCCUCAGUACGCACAAGCAUUUCACACCCACCUGGUGGACGGACGCAUGCUCAACUCUCUGAGUCGCCAUGACCUGGAACGCCACCUGAACAUCUCCAAAAAGAGCCACCAGGUCAGCCUGCUGCUGGGCAUCGAGCUGCUGCGCUCGCUCUGUUUCGACAAGGAUGCACUGCAGGCCCGCCGGAUACAGUGCGAGCACCAGAAUGCGGAUCCUCUGGUUUGGACCUCUCAUCGUGUUGUCAAAUGGAUUAAAGAAAUUGACCUCAAGGAGUUUGCAGAGGGUCUGGUUAACGCUGGCGUUCAUGGAGCCGUCAUGGUGCUGGAUCCCACUUUCAGCAGCGACACCUUGGCGACGAUGAUGGGAAUUCCCAGCAGCAAACACAUGCUUCGCAGACACCUCGAGGAAGAGGUGACAAACCUGAUUGGCCCCGCCAGGGCCGAAGCCAAACAGGAUUUUGAGCGUUCGGUUUUGGGAACGCCGCCGACUCCUCUUCGUCAAAACUCCCCAAGCAGGUCACCUGGGUCCGCUAGUCGACACACCGAUGACGAAGGCUCACUGAGGAGGAGGGCUGUCAAGCCUCCAACAGGCUUCAGCCCAAAAGCACGCAAUGGGCGGGACUUGAGUUGCCACAGCAGCUAUGGCUCGCUAUCUCGCGACGUCAGAGAGCAAACACCGCCAAGAACACAAGGGAGCCCCAUCAGGUCUUACGCCAACAUAGAGGUCACCAACGUCUGAAGUAACUUCUUUGAAAAAACAAAAAGAGCCUUUUAAGGACAGAUUGCACAUACUUGUUUGUUCGUGUUUGCCCGACUCAUUAUGUGGGUCAAAUAACAGGAAAAAAAAAAGAUGAAGAAUUCAAUCCUAGUUGAUUAUUUUUGUAUGUGUUGUGAGGACUAAUGAGAUUUCUGUAAUAGAUUUGUAUCAAACAGCGUACAUGACAAAGCAAGUCUUACAUUCAAAUGUUCAUGUCUUUACAGCGCCGCUGUUUGUGAUGCCUUGUCAAUGUCAGAACAAUUUACAAAAAAAAGUGGAGUUUGUCGAGUAUUUUCUAUGUUUGAUUGUCAAUUUUGCACACUGUUAUGUUUUACAUGAAAUUAUGUCAGAACCUCACUUGUUUUGAUUAAAAUUUCAAAAAACAUUAAGAAUUGAUCAAAUAAACAUUAAUAUUUGUUCAUUAAA